UUAUUUUUACUUUAUUCGUUUGUCUUCCUUUUCUCCUGCAAAACCCUAAAUUCUUUGUUUGCUGAACAAAUUCUUACCUCAUGCCAAAAAAAUUGCAUUUUUCUUCUCUGUAAUUAUUGCUAUUUUUUUAUUUUUUUAAAAUCAUUAUCAAGCUUUGUGUCUUCUCAAAAAUGAAGAUUUAAGCCACGAAAUUUUCAUUGUAGAAAAAGUUGCAGGGUUUUAGGGUUUUAGCCAGUUGCGAUUUGUUUUUUUUUUUUCACAUAUAUGGAGGACAAAGAGGGACCUACGCUCGGUGUCACAGUGAAAGGAGAUGAAGGUCUAGAUGGCUUCCACGUGGCCUCAUAUGUGGGGCCUACAGUUCCGAGCAUCGUUGCACCUCCGCCUAGCAUGGUAGUGCCGCCGGGACAUGGCACCGGUUCAGAGAUGAUGAAGAAGAAAAGAGGAAGACCGAGAAAGUACGCACCGGAUGGAUCUUUGGCCAUAACAUUGUCGCCGAUGCCGAUAUCGGCGUCGAUUCCGAUGAACGGAGACUUUCCUGGUUGGAAUCAGGGAAGAGCCCAACCAGUUGACACGUUCAUCAAAAAGUCGCUUAACUAUGAGCUCGAGACCAACCCAGGUGACAGAAUCGCAUAUUUUGUCGGGACAAAUUUCACACCUCAUGUGAUCACUGUGAAUGCUGGUGAGGACGUUUCAAUGAAGGUGAUGUUUUUUUCUCAGCAAGGAGCUCAUGCUAUCUGCGUCCUCUCGGCAAAUGGAACUAUUUCAAAUGUUACCCUUCGUCAGCCUACUUCAUCCGGUGGUACUCUGACGUACGAGGGACAUUUCGAGAUCCUUUCAUUGUCUGGUUCAUAUAUGCCUACUAACAAUGGCGGAACGAAGAGUAGGUCGGGUGGGAUGAGUAUUUCUUUGGCAGGUCCAGAUGGUCGUGUUCUAGGAGGGGGACUUGCUGGUCUGUUGGUAGCUGCCGGUCCUGUGCAGGUUGUUGUCGGCAGUUUCCUACCGAGUCACAAGCAGGAGCAGAAGCACAAGAAACAGAGAAUUGAACCCACGGUGACUAUCGUCAGUCCUACGGCUACAGAUUCCAUGCCUGCAGACAUUAAUGUGUCCUAUGGUGGAAUCAAGCCAAUUCUCACCUAUUCAUUCCAUGGAGACAAUUCAGGUUCUUUAAACCCUAUCCAGAGCUAUAGAAAUUCUAGUAUUGACAAUAACUCGCCUUCAGCUGAAAACGAAUCAAACAGCCGUAGUCUAUCACAGUGUCAAGUUUCGAGCUGAUAGACCAUGCACAAUGGUCUAUCUAUACGGACAUGAAAUCCUUGUCCGAAACAAAUAUAAGCCCUUUAAAGCUAGGUAUUAACAUCAUGAAGUUUUUAACCCCUAAUUGUACUGUCUUGUUAGGUUUAGGUAGGAUUCCUAAUCGUUAGGAACCGUACUUGGCUUUCUUCACUCCGUAUGGUGUAUUUUCUAGUGUUGUAUCACUCAUUGAUAGAAAAUUUAUGAAUGAUUGAAGACUGGUGUACCAUUUCUUUCAUUAAGUACCUUUGUAUACACAA